AAAGUUUGUAAGAGGAAGAGGAAUGGGUAAAGAAACGGAGGUCAAUGAAUAUGAACUACAAAGGGCUGCCAACAUAAAAGAAAAUUUGAAGCGGAUGAGAUCUCUUAAUCUCCAUGUACCUAGUACUAUGGUUAGUGAAGAAGCAAAUGGAUCACAUCAAGCCAAUAAGAAACAUAAGACAAGGACAUUAGCAGCUUCAACUAAUGGACCUACUUUGCGAUCAAGGACUGAAAGGGAUAUUGUUGAUGAAGAAUCUGAAAAUAGUUACGAAGAAUCUGAAAACCCCAUCAAUGAUGAAGAGCAACCUAUUGGGCAUCGAAAUAUAAAGAAAGGAAGGGGCCCAACCUUGAAGAAGAACAUAUAUUCAAGUAGUGGUGGGCCUAAAAUCUGCAUUACCCUUAAUGAAUAUGGACAACCAGUUGGUAGGAACAGCAAAGAGUUUGGUAAUUUCAUAGGAACUUUGGUGAGGAAAAAUAUCCCGGUUUCUUGUGAGGAUUGGAGACUAGUUGAUUCUAAAAAGAAGUUUGAGUUAUGGACAAAAGUGAAGGAAUACUAUGAAGUGGAUGAAUCUGGUAUAGAUUAUGUUAUAACAUCUGCAGCAAAAAAGUGCAGAGAGUUUAAGGCUGACCUAAAGAACAAAUAUUUUGAUGAAACAUUGAGUUUUGAAGAGCUUAUUGCUAAAAGGGAUGAAAGGGUGAAAGAAUCUGAUUGGGAGUGGUUGAUAACUUAUUGGAUGUCUCCAGAAGCCGAGGUUCGUACAAACAGAGGUAAAGAUAACCGUUCAAAGCUGACUAUGUCGCAUGCAGCUGGCAGCAAGAAUUAUGCUCGUGUGGGGCAUGAACUGGCCGAGCAAUAA